AUGGCACGCUUACCGAAAGGCUCUCCAUCCUCCCCAGAGACGAUCACGAUAGGCUAUCACUACAACUAUCCAAUCUCACUCGGGUCUUCGCCCAGGUCUUCGCCCCUGCCAGACUACAAAGAUGCUUCGUCACAGGUCCCUGCCAAACAUGACCACGGCCCUCCGGAACAUUCCCCCGACAUAUCUGAAGAAAAGCUGUGGUGUUCGUCAUCAACCUACGACAGUGACCGAGCAUCGGGCACGGGCAAACUGACCAAGGAGGUGCAAGGAGGGUCGGCCACGACACUGCCCGCCACCACUGCGCCGGGCAACGAGGCGAAUCCCAGAAUACCAUCGUUAGUCAUAGCGAUUAGAGAGCGGUCCAAGGCUCUCUCCAGGAUCCUUGUCAAGGAACAAGCUACAGAUGAGCGCGAGGAAUACUGCGCGCAUAUUAAAGAGGCUACGGACUGCUACAUUUCUACAGUGGAGGACAUCCUUGAACAUGCCAGGAGGGCAGAGAAGAGUCAAUGGAAGGAUCUGGAGGAGUAA